AAUCGGGCCCGACGAGGAAGACCUGAGUCAGUGUUUGCACUUCUCCCUUCCAGCUUUGGGUGGCGCUGCGUGGGACCCGUGGGUCCCGACUAGGGUCCUCGCUCUCUCCCUCGUUCCUCUGGAAACCCCGUGUGCACCGUUCUGGAGGACAUGGCGCGGCAGUGGGGGCCCUCCAUGAGGGCGGCUGAGAAGGCGGGCUGCGUGGUGAGCGCCUCCCGGGCCGGGCAGGCCGAGGCGGGCUCGUGGAGCUGCAGCGGGGUAAUCCUGAGCCGCUGCCCGGACCUGGUGCUGUGCCACGGGGGCAUCUUCACCCCCUUCCUGCGGGCCGGGAGCGCGGCGCUGACCGCGGCCGGCGCCGCCUUCCUGCCCGGCGACAGUUGCGGUGACGACCUGCGCCUGCACGUGCAGUGGGCCGCCACCCCUCUCCUGCGCGCCGCCCGAGCCGCUCUCGGCCGCCUGGGCCCUGGCACCCACGCCCUGGCCGCCCUCCUGCCGCCGGAGAUGGGCGCCCCGUGGGGCUUGCCCCUCCGAGACCCCGGCCCCCCGUGGGCAGCUGCGGCCGUGCUGGUGGAGUGCGGCACCGUCUGGGGCUCCGGAGUGGUGGUGGCGCCCCGCCUCGUGGUGACCUGCCGGCAUGUGGCCCCUCGGGAGGCGGCCAGGGUCCUGGUGCGCACCACGCCCCCCAAGAGUGCCACGAUCUGGGGACAUGUGGUGUUUGCCACCCAGGAGACCUCUCCCUACGACGUAGCGGUAGUGAGCCUGGAGAAGGACCUACACGGUGUCCCCUUGCCAGUGCCAGCUGAGCAUUUCCACGAAGGUGAAGCUGUCAGUGUGGUGGGCUUCGGCGUCUUUGGCCAGGCUUGCGGGCCCUCGGUGACCUCGGGCAUCCUGUCAGCUGUGGUGCGGGUGGAUGACGCAGCGGUGAUGCUCCAGACCACAUGUGCCGUGCAUGGCGGCUCCAGCGGCGGACCCCUCUUCUCCCCCUGCACAGGAAACCUCCUGGGCAUCGUGGCCAGCAACACCCGGGACAAUGACACAGGGGCCACCUACCCUCACCUGAACUUCAGCAUCCCCAUCACGGUGCUGCAGCCGGCCCUGCAGUGGUACAGGUGGACGGGGGGCCUGGGCGGCCUCCGGGAGCUGGACGGCGCUGCGGAGCCCGUGAGGGUGGUGUGGCGGCUGCGGAGGCCCCUGACGGGGGCCCCGCGGAGCAAGCUCUGAGGCUGCGUCGGUCCUGUGGCGAGAAGAGCCACCACGUGUGGCCGCAGCAAGCGCCCAGGGUAGCGGCCUCAGGAUCCUGACGCAGGCCGGCUGGGCCGCCGCCCCUUCCCCCCACCUUGUUCGGCCCCGCAGUCGGGACCGCACUUCCCCUGGGCCGCACGGGUCUCCAGCCAGCAGCCUGCCCCGGGGUGCUCUUUGGAGCCCUCGCGUCUGUCUGCCCGCCGGCACUACAGUCAGCUGUAUUAUUUCUCCUUCGGGGGAGCCCCGCGUCAGUGCACACAGCCCUGGUCCUGACAGCCGGGCGCAGGCUGGAAGGCGGUCCCAGCCCCGGCUUUGCAUCUGCCCCCUGUCUCCUGAUGGCCACUGGCCACGGAGUGGCUGCUCCCCGGGGCAGGAGCUUCCUCAGAAACCCUCAGCAGAGAGGCCUGCUCCGAAGACCAAAGACAAGAGGAAAAGGACGUCUUUCUGGUUUGUUACAUCUCUAGGUGGGGUCCCUGAAGGUUAGGGUUCGUGGGUCUUCCUGGGUCGGGUGUCGCUGACCUCCAGGAGCACUCUGACACAGUGCCUUUACUUUCCAGCCCAUAAAAUGGGCCUCAGGGAUCUCACGGGGUAGAAUGUGUCUCGUUGGGGGUUGGGAAUAAAGAGAAUGUCUGGGAGAAACUA